AUGGAGUGCGGACCAAGGAUAGAGGAUGGUUCAAUUUGUGUCGACGGCACCGAAUUAAACAAGGUGAACUGUUUCAAGUACCUUGGAUACAAAGUGACUUCCACAGGCGACAUUGAUCAAGAAGGUCGAGCACGUGUUAAUGCGGCAUGGAUGAAAUGGAAAAUGGCAACAGGGUCCUGUUGCCCUUUACGGAUGCUAGUGCUGGCUGACGACGAAAGCCUUGGAAAGAGUGCUGCACGCUAUGGAGAUGCGGAUGUUGAGGUUAUCAAAAAGAUUCGACGUGAGGUGAGGACAAUCACCAGUGGUACUCGUAGUCUCUCCUUGGCAGACAAAAGGAACACACCUUAUCUUAAUUGGGCUAUAUUGGAGACACAGCGAUUAGCAUCAAUCUUAAACUUGAACGCAUGGCGAAAAUCCGAAUACGAUAUAUUAGUGGGAGGUCACUGUGUUCCGAAAGGCACAGCAAUUGCAGCAGAGUUGUGUCUUAUCAUGAGCGAUGAAAAAUCAUUCACCGAUCCAAGCAGGUUUAAUCCUUUGCGAUAUGAGGAAGGUGGAAAACAGCUUGAACAGCAGGUGAUCCCCUUCGGUCUUGGGAAGCGUGCGUGCCUCGGGGAAUCACUGGCAAAGGCAGAGUUAUACUUAAUUGUCGGAAAUAUGAUUUCUCGAUACAAUUUCACGGAAGAUUCACGUGCUCCCAUCGACAUGAGCGAAACAGCACCGUAUGGGUUUAUGCAUCGUCCAAAGGACUUCCGAAUUACAGUAGAAUUAGCUUGA